AUGCAGCAAACUUCAUCCGGUCAACGCCGGUCCGCUGUGAAGCGUUUUGAUUUGUAUGGGAAGGUGCAUGACGACUACAGAAUCAAGACGCAGAGUGGUGGGCUCAUAUCACUGGUAUCAAUGAUCAUCAUGGCUUUGCUUUUCUUCUCCGAGCUGAGCAGCUACCUUCAAGCAGAGAUUGUUGACCACAUUGUUGUCGAUACAACACUGAACCAGAAGCUACAGAUAGGGUUGAACAUCACAUUUCCCCACAUCCGGUGCGAUGAGGUGUCCGUGGACACCGUGGACUCCACUGGUGAAAAUCAGGUGGACAUUGCUGGAACCCUGACCAAGCUGAAUCUGGACUUGAGCGGGAACCCGAGCAAGGGAGACCCCGUAGCAGCAGAGGGCGAGUGCUUCUCCUGUCUGGAAGCGACGCCCGCCCCCACAGAAAAGCAACAAGUGUGCUGCAACACAUGCCAGCAGCUGAAGGAAGCCUACCAGGACAUGGGCAUCCCGUACUUUCACAUCCUGGAUACGGCGAUGCAGUGCCGGAACAGCGUGGGCUGCCAGGUCCACGGAGAUGUCUCGGUGUCCAAGGUUGGAGGCAACGUGCACGUCGCUCUUGGCAAAUCAACAGUUCGAGAUGGCAAGCACGUGCACGAGUUCAAUCUGAAAGACGUCAGUGACGGCUUCAACACCUCCCACAUCAUCCAUAGACUCGAGUUCGGGCAGCGAGUGCCUGGUGUCGAGUCUCCCCUCGAGGGCACGGCGAAAAUCGUCCUGAAGGGCGCGUACAUGUUCCACUACUACAUCAAGCUGGUUCCGACUCUUUUUGAGACGGGGGAUGGCAAGCCGCUCUACACACACCAGUACUCCGUGACUGGGAGCGAGAAAGAUGUUCUGGUCAGGCAGGGGGAGCUUGCUGGCCUGCCGGGGGUCUUCUUGGUGUAUGAGUUCACCCCCUUCAUGGUGCAGAAGACGGAGAAGGAUGUGCCAGUCACCCACUUCUUAAUCUCCGUCUGUGCGAUCAUCGGGGGUGUCUUCACUGUGGCGAGCCUCAUCGAUGCCAUUCUCUACCGCACCGCGAAGAAACUUGGGAAGCCAAAGUCCGUCGCGUGA